AUGGAUGUUGACAAGAGAUGCCGGACUGUGAUCCGAUCAUGCUUAUCUGACGAAUCUGAGGUCGAGAUCGACAAACCCAUGGGCUCAAAGCGGGUCGCUUUGUGGUGUACCUAUAGAGUAUCAGCAGCCAGCAGCAUUGUCACUUGUGUGAUGGCUCGGGAGGGAGGGCCGGUCCACACUAAUGGCCACAUCCCUCAUGCCCUUCUCAAUGCCUCGCCACCACUGUCCAGUCUGUCCAGUGUCGUCAAUGGCAAAGGGAACACCCCCGAUCCCGUUUGGGAUGGUCGGCGGCUACAAGUCCCUCGACAACCACUCAGCACUCCAAUGCUUUCACUCCUUCAGCCCGACCCCGCUCCACACCCGGCUCACCUCCUGUGCAUCGCUGCUACUCUAGUCUUGCCAGUCACUUCAACUGUCCGAUUCGUCAACUUGGGGAGUCAUGCGAACGAACGAACGAACGAAAGAAAGAAAGAAAGAAAGAAAGAAAGAAAGUUGGGAUAUGUCAUGCAUAGUCAAGAAACGGAUCAAAGCACCACACUGUUGGCGACCGAGCAACGGUGUGAUUCGGUCGUGACACCCCGAGGUGGCCGAUCUUCGUUUGUACUCUCCUCAGGCCGUGUCCAGCUCGUCAUCGCGAUGGCUACCAUCUUCUUCCAAGUCCUCAGAUGA